ACGAUUCUAAACAACCAACCAUGCCUCCUUACGACAGUGACUCCUCAGACGAGGGAGAAGACUACACAGAGACGAAUGUACUGCUCGGCUAUGCCACACAAGAAGAGACCGGCGACACCAUCUCACAUCUCGGCGGCAGACCUGGCUGGAUAGAUGAAAAGACUGCACCGUCGGGUGCAUUAGCCAAAUGCAAAGUCUGCAACGAUCCUCUCACCCUACUCCUCGAGCUGAACGGCGACCUCCCUAAGAACUUCCCCAGCCACGAGCGACGUUUGUACAUUUUCAGUUGUAGACGGAAGGCAUGCAGACGGAAAGAGGGCAGUGUGCGCGGAAUUCGAGGUGUUAGGGUGGCCAAAGGUACAGCUGAAAAGGCGGCUGCAAAGAAGACCGAGAAGACCGCCCCAGUUCGAGAAGAGAGCAAACCGCAACCCAACAUUGGGGGAUCUCUAUUUGGCGUAAAAAACGAAUCGAGCGGAAUUGCACCCGCGAACCCAUUCUCGAAUCCUUUUUCAUCCGGCGCGAGCAACGCGGCACCUUCGAACCCUUUCUCUUCGUCUGGAGGCGCGCCGAAUCCAUUCGCUCCUCCGACCCCCGCAGUCAAGAUCACCCCCGAAGAUGCAAAAGAAGACGCAGAAACGACGCUACCCGAAACAUUCGCCUCGAAGGUCCGCCUCAACACACCAGCACCAGAGCCUCAAGCCCCAAGACCGCACGAACCUUGGCCAGCGGAAUCAUCCUUCCCAGCUCCUUACCCACUAUACCACCUCGACGCCGAGUACGAGACUUUGGAGGGGCCUUCCGUCCCCGAGAUACCAGAAAACACGCGCAUGGAAAUAGACACAGAAGGAUCAAGCAGCAGUGUCGGCGGCAAGGAAGACAAGGAGGUCUUCGAAAGUACACUCGACAAGACGUUCCAGAAGUUCGCGGACCGUGUGGGCCAAAACCCAGAACAGGUGCUGCGCUACGAGUUCAAGGGGAAGCCACUGCUAUACAGCGACAACGACGCAAUUGGGAAAGCCCUCGCCGCGCAUUCUGAGAAUGGAGCUUCUUCAAACGCAAAGGUCACGACGACAGCAAGAGGAGGAGCAGGGAUGCCGCGAUGCCGCAACUGCGGCGCUGAUCGAGUCUUUGAGGUUCAGCUUGCGCCACAUGCCAUCACCGAGCUUGAAGCGGAGGAAUUGAGCAUCGAAGGAAUGGAGUGGGGUACUAUCAUAUUAGGAGUGUGUAGCAAGGAUUGCAAGCCGGAGGAUAUUCCUGAAGGUGAGGUUGGUUACGUGGAGGAAUGGACAGGAGUGCAGUGGGAAGAAUUAGCCUCCAAGCGAUAAACAAGUCGCUGUAGACAUCCUGCGCAUAAUGUCGAAGCUGAUAUACCCUAAUUGAGAUUGCACCCAUUUCACACACACAUGAACAGUUAUCGUACAUGAUCAGCUCCAAGAGUCAAACUCAAAAA